GGUUGUGCAUGUGAGGAGAGGCGCGCCCGGGCUGUUAUGACGACCCCCUCCCGCUAAGAUGGAGGCAUCGAGCGGCUCCAGCUUCGGAAUUGACACCAUCCUGGCGGGCGGGCGGGCCACGCCGUCGCCGCCGCCGUCCUGCUCGGACGCCGACACGGUGGCGGAUACGGCGCCCUCGUCGCCGCUCUCCGUCACCGCGGAGCACCCGUCGGACCCCGACGCCAACCCCCUCCACCACCACCACCACCACCACCACAACCUCCACCAUCACCACCAACAUCAUCAUCAUCACAACCAGCACCACGGGCCGCCGGCGCAUCCUCCCCCUCCUCCGCCGCACCACCACCUCCUCCUCCCCGCGGCCGGCGCGGGUUGCAGCGGCCCGCGGAGCGCCACCUCGUCUUUCCUCAUCAAGGACAUCCUGGGCGACGGCAAGCCACUGGCCGCAUGUGCGCCCUACAGCACCAGCGUGUCCAUGUCGCCCAGUAAGGCCGCCGAGAGCGCCUCGGGCCCGGACGGUUUCCGGCCCAAGAUGGAGCUACAGGACGAGGGCCGGGGCGGCAAGAUGGAGCGGCGGGAUGAGAUGCUGCUACACGGCGACAAGUGCAACGGCAGCAAGGAGGAGGGCGAGCGCGAGAUCUCAAGCAGCCGCGACAGCCCGCCGGCGCGCACCAAGAAGCCCCGCAAGGCGCGCACGGCCUUCACCGACCACCAGCUCAACCAGCUGGAGCGCAGCUUCGAGCGCCAGAAGUACCUGAGUGUGCAGGACCGCAUGGACCUGGCCGCCGCGCUCAACCUCACCGACACGCAGGUCAAGACCUGGUACCAGAACAGACGGACCAAAUGGAAGCGUCAGACGGCGGUUGGCUUGGAGCUGCUGGCUGAGGCCGGCAACUACUCAGCCCUGCAGCGGAUGUUCCCGUCGCCCUACUUCUACCAUCCGAGUCUCCUGGGCUCUGUGGACGGCAGCACUGCGGCAGCGGCGGCUGCGGCCGCCAUGUACAGCAGCAUGUACCGGACUCCCUCCGCGCCGCACCCGCCGCAUCCGCCCCACCCGGCGGCCGCGGCGGCAGCAGCGGCGGCGGCCGCGGGCAUCCAGAGGCCGCUGGUGCCCCGCGUGCUCAUCCACGGCCUUGGACCAGGGGGCCAGCCGGCACUGAACCCUCUGUCGAGUCCGCCGCACGCGCGGUAG